CUCGUUGGUCGAGAGGUGCCACGCGCGCACGAGUCCACCCCCCACCCCGGCGGCUGAAAUCCCUCCGCGCCGGUGACGCGGUCUCCGCCCGAGUGGUGAAGCGGCCUCCGACCGACGGGACGGCGUUGCCGCACUUGUUUCGCCUACGUGGGCAGACAAACCAGCCACACUGAAGCCCAUAAGGUAGCUGAAACCGGACGGACUCUCUGGCAACAGUAACCAUUUUUGGUGUACUGUACGACUUUGCAACCGGAUAUCGACUAUGAGUUCGGACGCAGUGUUAGCACCUGAAGGCUUCACCGAACAGAAUGGCAACAUUAGCAGCCCGGAGUUGGGAGUCACUAAAGGAGGGCUUGAUGACGAAGCUUACAUCCCGACCUACUUUGAGGCCUUCCCCCCUCUGCCGGAGAAGAACCAAGCUGAUGUGCCUACAGCCCCACUCGGGGCUUGGAAUAAGAUCCGCCCACUGCGCUCGUCUGUCAUUACUCAGGUGUUCCAUGUACCGCUUGAGGAACGUAAGUUCAAGGAAAUGAAUCAGACCCAGUUCGGAGAGGGGGGAGAGCAGGGCAAGAUCUGCCUGGACAUCAUGCAGAAGACCGGCGCGCAUAUUGAGCUCUCUCUCGCCAAAGACCAAGGCCUCUCCAUCAUGGUGACCGGGAAGCAUGAGUUUGUCAUGAAGGCUCGCAAGGAGAUUGUCGCCAAACUGCAGACCCAGGCAACUGCAAUGGUGGCCAUCCCCAAGGAGCAUCAUCGCUACAUCAUCGGACGCAACGGAGAGAAGCUGCAGGAUCUGGAGCUUCGAACGGCAACCAAGAUUCAGAUCCCCCGACCUGACGAUACCAGCAACCAGAUUAAGAUCACCGGCACCAAGGAAGGCAUCGAGAAAGCCCGGCAUGAGAUUCAGCUAACUUCGGCGGAGCAGGACAAACGCGCUGUGGAGCGCAUCAGCAUCGACAAGGUGUUCCAUCCGUUCAUCUCGGGGCCGCACAGCCGGAUAGUAACCGAGAUGAUGCAGGAGACGGGAGCCCGGGUCAACAUCCCCCCUCCCAGCGUCAACAAGGACGAGAUCGUCAUAACUGGCGAGAAGGAGGCCGUGGCUCAAGCCGCCGCGAGGAUCCGUGACAUUUACGAGGAGAAGAAGCGCAAGACUACGACCAUUUCCGUGGAGGUGAAGAAGUCCCAGCACAAGUACAUCAUCGGGCCACGUGGCAACACGCUGCAGGAGAUCCUGGACCUGACGGGCGUGUCCGUGGAGAUGCCCUCAGUGGAAAGCAACUCCGAGACCAUCAUCCUGCGCGGCGAGCAGGAGAAGCUCGGCCCGGCGCUCACCCAGGUCUACGCCAAGGCGAGCAGCGUGGCCUGCAUGGAUGUGUAUGCCCCAGCCUGGCUCCAUCGCUUCAUCAUUGGCAAGAAGGGGCAGAACAUCAGCCGCAUCAGCCAGAACCUACCCAAGGUGCACAUUGAGUUCACGGAUGGCGAAGAUAAGAUCACCAUCGAGGGUCCAACAGAGGAGGUGCAUCAGGCUCAGGCUCAGAUGGAGGAGAUCAUAAAAGACCUGUGUGGUCGUAUGGAUUUCACGGAGAUUACAGUCGAUCAGAAGUUUCAUCGCCAUCUCAUAGGAAAGAGUGGUUCAAACAUUAACCGCAUAAAGGACCUGUACAAGGUGCUGGUGCGAAUCCCUCCGGAUCAUGAUAAGAACAACUUGAUUCGUAUCGAGGGAGACCCGCAGGGGGUGCAUCUGGCUGCCAAGGAGCUGCUGGAGAUGGCCACUCGUAUGGAAAAUGAACGCACCAAGGACCUAAUUAUUGAGCACAAAUUGCACCGUGCCAUCAUUGGCCAAAAGGGAGAGAGAAUCAAGGAAGUCCGUGAGAAAUUCCUUGAGGUCAUCAUAAACUUCCCCGAUCCAGCGCAAAAGAGUGACAUUGUGCAACUGCGGGGCCCCAAGAACGAAGUGGAGAAGUGUGCCAAGUUCAUGGCAAAACUGGUUGCCGAGUUGAUUGAGAACAACUACUCCAUCAGCGUGCCCAUAUUCAAACAAUUUCACAAAAAUAUUAUUGGGAAAGGUGGUGCCAACAUUAAGAAGAUUCGCGAGGAAACCAACACCAAGAUUGACCUGCCGACCGAAAACAGCAACUCUGAGAUGAUCGUCAUCACUGGGAAGAAGGCUCACUGUGAGGCGGCUCGUGAAAAAGUCCUGGCCAUUCAGAAGGAACUGGCCAACAUCAAGGAGGCUGACGUGACCAUCCCGGCCAAGCUGCACAACUCUCUGAUUGGAGCCAAGGGCCGCCUGGUUCGCGCCAUCAUGGAGGAGUGCGGCGGCGUGCACAUCCACUUCCCGUCCGAGGGGUCCGGCAGCGACAAGGUCACGAUCCGCGGGCCGCAGCCGGAGGUGGACCGCGCGUGCAAGCAGCUGAUGCAGCUUGCUGAGGAGAAGCAAGUGAACAGCUUUACGAUUGAGGUGCGUGCCAAGCCCGAGUACCACCGCUUCCUGAUCGGACGUGGCGGCGCCAACAUCCGUAAGGUCCGAGACAAGACCGGCGCUCGCAUCGUGUUCCCGGCUUCCGACGACAAGGAUCAGGAGCUCAUCACCAUCAUCGGCAAGGAGGACGCGGUGAAGGAUGCGGAGAAGGAGCUCACGGCUCUCAUCAAAAAUCUGGAUGACGUGGUGGAGGACUCGAUGACCGUGGACGUGAAGCACCACCGCCACUUUGUGGCCCGCCGCUGCCAAGUUCUGCGCGACCUUGCCGACGAGUACGGCGGUGUCACCGUGAGCCUGCCGCGUACCGGCGUCAAGAGCGACAAGGUGGUGCUCAAGGGAGCCAAGGAGUGCGUGGAGGGGGCCAAGAAACGUAUCCUGGAAAUCGUGGAUGAUCUGGAGUCUCAGGUGACCAUCGAGUGUGUGAUCGCUCAGAAAUAUCACCGCACGGUCAUGGGAGCCAAGGGCUCCAAAGUGCAGCAGGUAACCAAGGACUACGACGUGCAGAUCAAGUUCCCAGAGCGGGAGGACCUGCAGCAGCAACAGCAGCAACAACAGCAGCAACAACAGCAGCAGCAGCAGGAAGUCGCAGAACAGCAGCCGCAGCCGCCGCAUUCGGAGCAAGAAAACGGCGACGUUAACGGAGAAGCGGCCAACACCACCGACCCGGCGACUCUGAGACGCAGGGACGUGAUCCUCAUCACUGGCCGCCAAGAGAAGUGCGAUGGCGCGCGUGAUGCCCUGCUGGCUCUGGUACCCAUUGUUGUGGAGGUGGAGGUUCCCUAUGACUUCCAUCGUUACAUCAUUGGGCAGAAGGGUACUGGAAUUCGCAAAAUGAUGGAAGAGUACGAGGUUAACAUUGCUAUUCCACCAUCGGAUAUGCAAUCGGAUGUGAUCAAGGUGACUGGGCUGUUGCCCAAUGCUGAGCGUGCAAAAGCCGGGCUUCUGAGUCGGGCUAAGGAGCUUCUGGCAGAGCAGGAAGAUCGGGCUCUGCGUGGUUUCAAGCUGACGGUGUCCGUGGACUCAAAGUACCACCCCAAGAUCAUUGGAAGAAAGGGGGCUGUCAUCUCCCAGAUCCGCAAAGACUACGAUGUCAACAUCCAGUUCCCGGAGAAAGACGGCGAAAACCAGGAUGCCAUCACCAUCACUGGCUAUGAGCGCAAUGCGGAGUCUGCGCGUGAAGCCAUCCUGAAGAUUGUGGGCGAGUUUGAGGAGAUGGUCAACAGGGACGUUACGCUGGACCGCCGCGUACACUCGCGCCUCAUCGGAGCACGCGGCAAGGCGAUCCGCAAGAUCAUGGACGAGUACAAGGUGGAGAUUCACUUCCCGCAACCAACUUCCGAUGACCCAGACCUCGUGACUGUGACCGGUCUGCCUGAGAACGUCGACAACGCCGUGGACUACCUACUCAACCUCGAGGAGGAGUAUCUGAUGGAUGUCGUGGAGAGUGAAGAGGCGCAGUCUUACGUGAAGCCGUCUCGCCACGUCGAGGCUCCCAAGGCUCCUGCCAAGGGCUUCGUGGUGCGAGAUGCCCCAUGGGACCAGUCGGCUUCCCAGGCUCCUGACAUGACCAGUUCCGAAGAGUUCCCAAGCUUUGGUGCCGCCAUCGCUCCCAAGUCUACUGUGUGGGGACCAAAAAAAUUCUAAACAUUGAGAUUGCUUGUGGCAACCCUCCGAGUCAGCCAUUGUAGUGUUUCCCUGCCCCCCCCACCCCCAUCCUCUACCAUUUGCUUGGGGACUAGCUUUUUCCUUUCAAGACCCCUCUUACGAUUGCUUAUAUCUUGAACAAUUGAUUGGUUGGCAGACACACGAAAAAUCUCUCUUUACCCCCGUUUGACCAGUUUCUUGAUCGCCUUGCCCCAGUUGGCAUAUCUAUUCAAUUGGCCGAAAGUUGGUUCUGUUUUAUUUUCAAGAACGAGAGCAAGGCCAUUCACUGCCACAGUGUGUGGUGUACCUUGUGAGCGUAGCAUGUUUUGAGCCUAUGAUCUUCCAUCUUCCCACUGCCCCCAUUGCCCCCCCCGAGUGUUUACUCCCAGUGCGUAAUUUUACCCUCACUACUGCGAUUAAAACAGAACGGCUACAGCAGACGCGUCUUAUGACGGAAAACGAAGUGAAAUAGGAUAAAUCAUGCGGAGUGAGUGGGCACAACACUAAAGUUAAAGUUGCAAUCAUGUCAAUGUCCUUUCAUUGAAAUGUAUUUUGGGAUUAUGUGAAUGUUUUGUCCUUUUACUUAUAAAAAAAAACAUGUAAUGUAAGGAAAGGAACAUCAAUUCCAGUAGCCUUAAACCUGAAGUGAGACGUUGUUGGAAAUAUGCACAAUAAUAAAAAAAGCUAAAAAAUUUAAAAAGUAUUUCUGUAUGAAAAAAUACUUCAAAAUACUAUUAAAAGUACAAUUAGAGAA